CCGAAACGUGCACUCACAGUACCACACACACCGUCUUGUGCGUCUCCGUCGAUUGUACACGUUUGUAGCUGCUCUGCCGAAUCGGCCAAAUCAUCACGUUGUAUUUUUAUUGUAUAAAUUAUAUUGCAAUAUUUAAUUCAAACCGAAAAACGUUCGUUUUCAAAAGUUUCGGUGUUUUUGAUUUUUUUGUACCGUUCGUUUAGGUCGUUGUCUCUCUGUUGCGAUCGUGUCCACAGUGUCAGUGUGCUGCUAGUGUUGAUUUGCAGCCAACAAGAGCCUGUACGGUUUCAAACAUCACCGGUCGAAGGACGGACGACAUGAAGACCUCCCACUUGCAGUUAUUGUGCGCCGCACUAUUGGCGUUUUGCCAUUUUGCCGGGGCACAAAAUGGCUAUAGCUACGACAAACCUGCGAACCCUUUGAACGGACCCAGUUCGCCACGGCCGUUCGGUACCUCGCAGCCAGCUCGGCCGACUGUUUCCAGCUUCCCUGGAUCGUUUCCCAGCACCGCAGGAUCGUAUCCCACCUCUCCGGAUCAGUUUGGCUUCACCGGACCAACGGGUUCGCCCAGUUACACCGGAGGCUAUCCAACGACAAUACCGCAACAAGAUUACACCACAGCCAACUUCCCUGGUUCGGCGUCGUCUCCGGGUUUCGGCAGCGGCGUAACAGCUGGCCCCCAAAGACCGAGCUACGGUCCCACCGGACAAGACAGUGUUGGAGUGCCUCAAAGCGGAAACGGUUACGGCGGAUCUGGUGGACCUAGUAGCGUUUCCGGUUCGCCGGGUUUCGGUUCCGGAAAUGCGCCGACCGGUUUCGGAUCUAGCUCGAGGCCAACCGGGUUCGGCGGACAAGGACCGAGCGCGUUCGGUUCUGGCAACGCACCUGGUAGUUACGGUAACGGGGCUGGACAGGGACCUACUGGUUUCGGUUCUGGCAAUGCACCUGGUAGUUACGGCAAUGGCGCUGGACAAGGAACUACUGGUUUUGGAAACGGAAAUGCCCCAGGUUACGGCGGCAGUAGUGCACCAGGACAAGGAGGUAGACCGGGAUCUAAUGCAUUUGGUAUUGGAAACGCGCCAGGAAAUUACGGAGGUGGUAAUGCUGGUGGACAAGGACCAAGCAGUGCUUUUGGUGGAAGCUCUGGUGGACAAGGGCCAAGUAGUGCUUUCGGAGGAGUCGCUGGUAGCCAAGGACCAAGCAGUGCUUAUGGUGGGAGCUCCGGCGGUCAAGGGCCGAGCAAUUCUUAUGGUGGUAGUUCCGGUGGACAAGGGCCCAGUUCUUCUUUCGGUGGAAUAUCCGGUAGUCAAGGACCAAGCAGUGCUUUUGGCGGAAGCUCCGGUGGACAAGGCCCAAGCAGUGCUUUUGGUGGAAGCUCCGGUGGACAAGGUCCUAGCUCUUCAUUUGGUGGAAUUGGUGGUAGUCAAGGACCAAGCAGUGCUUUUGGCGGAAGCUCCGGUGGACAAGGCCCAAGCAGUGCUUUUGGUGGAAGCUCCGGUGGACAAGGUCCUAGCUCUUCAUUUGGUGGAAUUGGUGGUAGUCAAGGACCGAGCAGUGCUUUCGGAGGAAGCUCCGGUGGCCAGGGACCCAGUGGUGAUGGCGAUGAUGGAUCAUAUCCAGGUGGUGACUUUUCUGCCAUUCCUGGAGAACCAGGAACCGACUACCCAAUAUUAUCUCAAAUUCCUAAAACAUCCUUUACAUGCAAUCAAAAGUUACCUGGAUACUAUGCUGACACUGAGACUAGAUGCCAAGUUUUUCAUAUUUGCUCAAACAAUAUUAAAUACGAUUUUCUAUGCCCGAAUGGAACAAUAUUCCAUCAACAACAUUUUGUCUGUGUUUGGUGGAAUCAGUUUGAUUGCUCAACUGCUGAGAGUUUGUAUGGGUUGAACGCAAAUAUUUAUGAUUAUUCCAAAGUAGGUUCACCAGGUCAAUCAGGCUCACAAGGCCCAGUUGCUAAUUUCCCUGGACAAUCCGGUCCCAUCGGUCCAGUUGCCAACUUCCCGGGACAAUCCGGUCCAUUUGGCCCGGUUGCCAACUUCCCAGGACAAUCCGGUCCAUUUGGUCCAGUUGCAAACUAUCCAGGUCAAUCGGGUCCCAUCGGUCCAGUGGCAAGCUUCCCCGGACAAUCGGGUGCAAUAGGGCCGACCGCCAACUAUCCGGGACAAUUUGGCCCAGUAGGACCAACGGCCAACUACCCAGGACAGUCCGGUCCAGUAGGACCAACCGCCAACUACCCUGGACAAUCUGGUCCAGUAGGACCUACUGCCAAUUACCCGGGACAGUCCGGUCCAGUAGGACCAACCGCCAAUUACCCUGGACAAUCCGGCCCAGUAGGACCGACCGCCAACUACCCUGGUCAAUCCGGUCCAUUAGGACCUACUGCCAAUUACCCGGGACAGUCUGGCCCAGUAGGACCUACUGCCAAUUACCCGGGACAAUCUGGCCCAGUUGGACCAACCGCAAACUACCCUGGACAAACUGGCCCAGUAGGACCUUCUGCCAAUUACCCGGGACAAUCAGGUCCAGUAGGACCUACUGCCAAUUACCCGGGACAGUCUGGCCCAGUAGGACCAACCGCAAACUACCCUGGACAAUCAGGUCCAGUAGGACCAACCGCCAAUUACCCGGGACAAUCCGGUCCAGUAGGACCAACCGCCAACUACCCUGGACAAUCCGGUCUAGUAGGACCUAGCGCUAACUACCCUGGACAAUCCGGUCCAGUAGGACCUACUGCCAAUUACCCGGGACAGUCUGGCCCAGUAGGACCAGCCGCAAACUACCCUGGACAAUCUGGCCCAGUAAGACCUACUGCCAAUUACCCUGGACAAUCUGGCCCAGUAGGACCAACCGCCAACUACCCUGGACAAUCUGGUCCGGUAGGACCGACUGCAAACUACCCGGGACAAUCUGGUGGAGUAGGACCGACCGCAAACUACCCGGGACAAUCUGGCUCAACUGGUCAAUUCGGCAACUACCCCGGACAGUCUCGACCAACCGGACCUUCCGCUAACUACCCUGGACAAUCGCCUUCGAGUGGAUUCCCAGGACAACGUCCAAGCAGUUAUCCAGGGGCUCAAGGCCCGUCUUCGUAUCCAGGUUCGAGCUCUAACGGACGACCGAGUUCGCAAGAUUCCUAUGGUAGUACGGACACAGGUUUGUCGUACGGCCCUCCCGGUUCAUCGCCAACGGCCAUUCCUGGAACAACUUCAUCCCUAUCGGACGCACAAUUUGUAAAUAAUUUCAACAGUCCACCGGUACCCGAAAGAGAAUAUUUGCCACCUUACAAAAAAUAAUGAUCCAAGCUCAAAAUUGCCAUAAAACUUAGGUUUAUUACCACAUAUUGAUUACUUAGAGUAAGUUUUUUAAUUUUAUAGUGUUCUUGAAUUUAUUUUUUCUAUCAUUAUUUAAAAGCCACUUAUAACGUUUGAAAACCCCGAGAGGUUGUAUUUACAAAUUUAGUGAUUGUACAUAAAAUGAUUUGUUUAAUACUUACUAUGAUAUUUUAUACCUAACACCCGAUGUUAAGAUCAACCAAUGUUUUACCAUUAUAUUUUAAGUUUAUUAAAAAAAAAAUACCACUGAAUAUUUUUCUCUGUUGUCAUUUUAAUACUGCAAUUGAUUUAAGUGAUCUAAUGUUUUUUUUCAUACUAAUCUAUUUAUCUUGUUUAAUCUUUAAAGUUUUAUUGUACUAU